AUGGCUUUUAUACAUUCCAACUUUGACUACUUGGAUAAAGUCUGGUGGAAAUUAGAUUAUGAUGAUCGUAAUGCCCAGUAUUUCAUCUCAAAUACAAAACGCCUUCAACAAGUUAUAUCAUUAUAUGUUUAUAACGAGGAAGAACACUUUUUGAAGGGUUACAUUGACCUUCAUCGCGAACGUUAUUUAAUCGCAUGCAUUUCAACUGAAAGCAAUAUAGACUUCAAUGUUGUGCAACAAAUGGUUAAGAAAUCAUGGUUUAAAGUUUUUCUGAGCUACAUCUACAGAAUAAUAUUUUCCAACAUACUUUUAGGACCUUUUACACGUUUGGCCAGCAUCAUUUUUAAACCUUCUCAAUCUUCGCAUUUAGCUAAAAAAGUGCAAAACUUACACGAUGCAAUUAACGACAUUUUUCCAUCCACCUUCUAUCCCAACCUUCCAAUGCGUCGCUUUACACCUUUGCUUGCACGAAAUUUGCACAAACAGGUUGGCAAAGGAAUAAUUGACAACGCUGGUCAGUACAGAACGAUAGAUGUUAUGUCAGAGCAAGACAAUUUUGUUUAUUUGGCACCAAAUUUGAUAAAGGACAAAAUAGAAGUGUUAUUCCGUCAAUGUCGAAAAAAUUUUGAGAGGGAGGACUUAGAAUUAGAAGAAGCUGUCAAAUUUGGGGCUUGCUUUCUCGCUCAUUUCUUGUAUAUUCAUCCUUUUAAGAAAGGAAAUGGGAGGGUUGCUAGAUUACUUUUGAGUUACUUGCUAUCAAGAUUCACAGUGAUGCCACUUUCUUUGUAUUUAGGAUCUAAAACACGAAAGGUGUAUUUAAAGUGUCUUCGUGAAGCAACGUGGUAUCAUGAACCUCCAUUCAAACCCGAUGCACUCGCUAAUUUUAUACUUGAGAAUAUAUUUGCAACGGCUUAUCAUAUAUGUGUAGUGAUGGAUUUAAAUAUUCAGAAUAAAGAUUAA